CCCUUAGCAAGAAAUCGAGUUAGUAAUCCCGCUUCCGAACCGGGCAAUUAAUUAGCGACGCGCUCGUUGUCUGCGGCGGGCCGGCGGUUUGGCGUGCGGGUGUGGAUUCCGUUUGACUAACGUAGGCGCGAGAGAGAGGGAGAGGCAUCUAUCCACGUCCCACUAGCUGGACCAGAGGGAUGUUCUUCGGACUCGAUAGCAAGUCGUAUGAACGGCUGUCACCGGCAGACCCCAAUUGGUGGCCGCAGCCGGCGAGUCAAAAGCCUGCGGGCCGGUGACGAGAGGCACUAGCUAACGCCGAAACUGCCCGUCGUGCCUCGGUUGAAAAUGCGCAAGCAAAACCUGGAAGCACACGGGCUGCUCGUGAAAGUCGUCGAGUCCAGCGCGAUAAUUCCUUCUUCCCAGCUCACCGAGCGGACAAGUUGGCUACUCCGCGUAGCUCAGUGCUCACAAUCAAGGCUCCUCAACACUCUCACAAACGCGGGAAGGUCCGACUGUACGCUUCGGUCAAACGUGAAUUCUUCGAGUUGGCGAUGCCAGGAGGGUUUCGCCGUCUGGCGCGAUGGUGUGAUGGAACAGGUCCCGGGGCUGGGAGAAUCAGCUGAACACGAUAGACCCGGCGGGCCCUGGGGACGAAAGCUAAGAUCAGCGAAAAGCACACAGCAGUGGCGAUGCGGCUUAGAGCCAGUGGUCGCGGCUGCGUGUGUGUAACUUGAGCAGGAAUCCACAUGGAAAGCGAUAUCUUUUGGGUCUUAGGGUGGCCCUGCUUAGAAUCUUGGCGCAUGAUUGAUGAAACAUAACCCGACAACGUCGACUUCGCAUGAUUGCCUGUCCCACAUCUCCAUUUGAGAGUCAAGCGUCCACUAACGAAGGGUUACGUUAUAUCCCGAAACCCCUCUCUUGAGGCGAAAGGUGGAAUUAGUGGGGAUUGUGAAAUUGUGAAAAAGUCAGGCAUCGAUCGACAUCCAAUCUUCGCAUUCGGAGAGUUCAGACUAACGAGAGGCCUUGGAGCAGCUGUGCCACCAUCGAGCACUCACCACGC